AUGAACAGCACCCGGCCCAGCCCUGUCACCUUCUUCAUCAUCCAGGGCCUGGUGGAAAACAGAAUGCUGCGGACCGACCCGAAGCUGGGCUCCCCCAUGUACUUCUUCCUACACAACCUGUCCUUCAUGGAAAUGGUCUACACCACAGUCACUGUCCCCAACAUGUUGUCAGGCUUCCUGACUGAGGUCAUAACUGUUUCCGUUCCCGGCUGCUUCCUCCAUAUGUACUGCUUCAUCCAGAUGGCCGUCAACAACCACGCCCUGCUGACCGUCAUGGCCUACGAUUGCUAUGUGGCCAUCUGUAAUUCUCUCCUCUACACCGCUGUGAUGACCCAACCCGUCCACCUGCCCCUCAUCAUCGGGGCGUGGACCUUAGACGCCAUCUGCACCUCUCGGCCAUUGCCAUGCGCUGCUCACCACGGCGUGCUCAUCUUUACUUCCUACAUCCUCAUCGGUGUGGCGAUAGCUAAAAUGGGCGCCGCCCAGCGACUCCUACCUUGUGGGAAACUUCUCUCCAGAGUAUGCAAAAUGGGUUCCCACCAGGAGAUGGUGUGUAUCAUCGUGUCAGUGCUGUACUCAGCUUUGACUCCUUUCAUGAACCUGAUUAUCUACAGCCUGAGGAACAAGGAGCUGAGAAAGGCUAUCACAGAGCCAUCUCACUGCAGGGCCGCAGAAAACUCAACACGCUGUCCUGGCCACAAAAUAGUAAGCAAAUUCUCCUGA